CUUGCAGCUGCACAUGAAUCAACAGAACAGACUCUAAUUAAUGACCUGAUGAGAGGAUACAACAAAGACGCGCAUCCGAUCCCAGAACAGAACAAAAGUAUAUACGCUGUGACAUUUGGGUUGGAACUGGUCCAGCUCGUUAACGUGGUAAGUCACUUCAAAUCAGUUUCAGUAGGGAAACCCACAUAUCUCAGCUACUGAUAAAAAAUCCCGUUAUAUUGCUGUAAACUGAUUGAAAUUCCGAGUGAAAGGAAAAUUAGUGGUACGACUAGUCUCGUACGCAGAUCUCCCAGAGUAAGACAGAGUGAGACAUGGGUACGACAUUAAUGAAUGGCCAAUUCUGUCUCGUUUAUCCUUCAAUCCUGCCAUCUUGACUCUUAAGGCUUCAUGUUCUAUACGCGAUUUCCUACAGCGUCUUUUAAAAUUUUCAUGAAAAAUUUUUUUAAAAAAUCUCCCUAAUUUCUGUGAUAACAAGUAAAUUUUUAACUUAAUUUUAUUUUUAGGACGACAAAAAUCAGAUCAUAACUACCAAUGUGUGGGUAAGACAGGUACGUACGUAAUGUAUAACAAAUCAUAAAGUGUGUUAUCUUAUCAGCGUUAGUUUCAUCCUGUUAUUAAUUCUGGAUCGAAUGUAUACAUUCCUUGUAUAUACCAAUUACCUGUUACAAGAGAGAAUGAUCUCUCUUGCCCGUUAGUAAUGUUGGCAUAUGGACUUGUGCCCAGCACGGUACAAUUCGGUACGAUUCGAAAUCGUUGGAAUGCUGGCCAACCGAUCGGUGAACUGACGUACUGAUUUGCUGACCAAUUGACCUACAUGCUGACUCACUGACCUAUACUCCACUGACCAACUAACUGUGGGGUCACUUAUUGACCGACUGACCGACGGACGUUUUGACAGAGUGACUGGCUAACUUACUGACUCGAUCACUGAUUGACUGACUGACCGACUAAAAACUGACUCACAGGGUGACCGACAGACGUACUGACACUUUCACCCUCACUGUUUUGAGAAUCAUACUUGGUCUUACUUAUUUGUCAGAAAUGGAGGAAUCUUCUUCUAACCUGGCAGCCGGAGAAGUACGGAGGCAUCAAACGAGUCCGCAUUGAGCCAACUCUGAUUUGGAUACCUGAUAUCGUACUCUACAACAAGUCAGUAAAUCCCUUAUUUACUCAGUCGUUACUGUAACAGCUCAGAGGCGGAUCCAUAAAAUUCAGAAUGGGGUGACCGAGACACUUGCCAGCUAUAUAGAUACUAUUUAUUUCACCGAGAAUUCUUUACAAAUAAUGCGAAAUAGGCCCUUUGUAGCUAGCUAUUCACGUGGUACAAAACCGCCACGCUGGAGAGCAAAAGUCGCACUGGGACAAGACAAACAAAAGACAUACAUAAUUUGAAAUGGUAAUUUUCUUUGUUUGUCUUGUCCCAGUGCGACUUUUGCUCUCCAGCACGGCAGUUUUGAACCACGUGAAUGGCUAGCUGCAAAGGGGCUAUUUCACAGAAAAAGGGGUGGGCGUGGUCCCCUCGGCCAGCCCCUAAAAUCCGCCCAUGUAGCUAGCAUUUGACGGGGAAUACGAGAGAUACAAAAAUGUAUCUACUUGGGAAAAAUUCCUCUGUACAAUUCAAAUUGUAAGCUAGUUCCAUUAUCUAUCUUGAAUAUUUCUGGACUACAAUUUUCUCUCAUAAAGCAUAGUUAUUUAAUAACGUCACUCUUAAUUAGCACCUUGCCCUUACUUGGUUUGAUACCUUACCUUGCAGUGCGGACAAUGAGUUCGGCGGUGGACUUGAAAAAUACAAGACCCGUGUCAUUAUUGAUCACGAGGGCUGGUGUGCAUGGUACACGCCAACCUCGUUUCGGAGCACGUGUCCAAUUGACGUCACGCACUUUCCCUUUGACAAGCAAACGUGCAUGAUGAAGUUUGGCUCGUGGACGUUUGAGGUUGUCGACCUCGACAUUAACGCGGACGACGCUCCCCUUCAUUCCACCCAGUAUGUUAAAAGUGCCGAGUGGGAUCUUCUGGGGGCCUCUAAGAAACGGAACGUCGAAAAAUACGCUUGUUGCGAUCACCCGUUUUCAGAUGUCACCAUAACUUUCGUGUUCAAACGGAAGCCCUUGUUUUACAUCUUCAACUUAAUAGUGCCUUGUACGAUAAUCAUGUCCAUGGUGCUGUUGGGAUUUUUUGUGCCUCCGGAAUCCGGAGAGCGAAUUACACUCAGUAUAACAGUGUUACUUGCAAUGGCGGUGUUUCUUCAACUUGCCGCAGAGAAUCUACCGCGUAACUCGGAAAACGUACCUGUAUUGGGGAUCUUCUACAUCACAGUUAUGAUUGAAGUGGCUUCCUCCUUGGUGGCCACGUGUUACAUCUUGCAUGUCCACCAUAGGAAUUCUGGGACGGCUGUAGUUCCAGUUCCCGGAUGGGUCAAUGCUUACAUACUGCGCAAGCUGGGGAGAUACUUGGGCGUCAAGAAACCUGUAACAGAAGACAAAUACGAUUUGUCAGCAGAGAACGAUUUUAAGAGAAUUUCUUUGAUGAAAAGAGACCUAGAAAAGAGACUCGGAAAUAGCACCAGCAAAAACAAGUUGAAAAACAAACUAUUGCCGGAUGUGUCAUCCGGCGAAUCAACUUUAAGGCCGACUCUAGGUUCUCCCGAAGAAUUUAACAUGAGUUCUUCUGUAUACUCAGUUUCAAGCACGCUUCCGACUAUCGACCUCCCCCAGGGGAAAGAUGAUAGUGGCAGCGGGGACAGCAACAGCGCUAAGACCGCGCAAGGAGUGAUGGUAUUGGUUGACAGUGUAAAGCAUCGUAGACAGAUUGAAAAGAACCAAGAGGAGUGGAGACAUCUUGCCAUGGUCCUUGACAGAUUGUUUUUCUGGAUCUUUGUGGCGAUAAUUGUGAUUUCUACUCUCGUUGUACUCGGUAGAAUCUACCACUAG